UUUUAUAGAAAUAUUCCCUGACAUACUUGUUAGAAAUCGCAUUGAAGUAUUUUUUGUAUUUAAUCAAUCACUAAUUCCAAAAUCCUAAUCGUCUACUAAUCGUUCAUCAUCUUCAUCAUUAUCCACACAUACAGCAGAAAAUUAACCCUAAAUCUAUCGAUUUCUUAACGCAAGAACCCUUGAUUUUCAUUUUAUUUUAUCAAUUCAUACUACUUAGUUAUUGACUCUUGAAAUAAAUUGACGGUUAUCAGUCGACGAUGAAAGAAAAAAAUUGAGCAAUACGCUCAUGUUUCUUCUGAUCAGUGAAUUGCAUUGUUGUUUGGAAUCAAUCUUAUGACAUUAAUUGUUGUAGAUUUUUUUUGCUAUAAAAAUUAGGUGUGUUGUCCUUGAUGUGAGGGGUAGUAGCUGUAGUAGUGGAAGUAGUAGUAGCGGGAUAUUAAGGCAAUGAGAGGUGCAGUUGUGGGGUUGGAGAUACAAUGACCCUAAAGUCAUUGGGAUUACGUACCGGAAGUUAUGGAUCCCUGCAACUACAACAAUCCAAUGGUGUUUUGCAGAAUCAUACAUCCUCUGUCUUCCCAAGGAGGUCAUCUAAAGUUUCACUUUCAAGUUAUAGGGAAAAGGAAAGGGAGAGAUGCUUUCCAUGUAGUUGCAGAUUUGUGUGUCGCCGUAAAGCUGGAAUGGCGAUUUUGGUUGCCUUUGCUCUCCUAGCUUUUGCUUCUGGUUUCUUUACAGCUAACAAAGAAACCAUAGGAAGUAACAAUAUAAAUGUCGUUGAAGCUCUUCAACAAUCAAAAUCCCGUGGAAGAAUUGCGAUGGCUUCAGCUUCUACUGCAAAGGACUCAACUAAGGAGAUAAAAUAUUUUUAUUCACAUACCAAGAGAAAGAACAAUGGACAUUUUCUUGCAUAUGAACAUCCAUGCAAAAACUUUGCACUUCCCCCUCCUCUUCCACCAAAUAGUAAACGUAUUGGACCAAGACCAUGUCCGGUGUGUUACUUGUCAGAUGAGCAGGCUGUAGCAAAUAUGCCUAGUUUUCCGUCAUCAUCUCCAGUGCUUCAAAACUUGACAUUUGUACAUGAGGAAAACUCUACUAAAACUGGAAUAUAUGGAGGUUCUGACUUUGGUGGAUAUCCUUCUUUGAAUCAGAGGACUGAUGCCUUUGAUGUAAAGGAGUCAAUGACUGUGCACUGUGGGUUUGUAAAAGGUAGUAGACCUGGUCGCGGAAGUAAGUUUGAUGUUGACGAAGAUGAUCUUCUUGAGUUGGACAAGUAUCACGAUGUCAUAGUGGCAUCUGCAAUUUUUGGAAAUUAUGAUGUUAUACAAGAGCCAGUUAAUAUUAGCAAGAGUGCAAAGAGGAAUGUUCCAUUUUAUAUGUUUAUUGAUGAGGAAACAGAAAAAUAUAUGAAAAAUAAGAGUGUUAUAAGUAGCAGCAAGAUGGUUGGCAUAUGGAGAAUUAUUGUUGUCCGCAAUGUUCCAUACAAUGAUGCUAGGCGCAAUGGGAAGGUCCCUAAGCUUCUAUUGCACAGACUGUUUCCCAAUGUUCGAUAUUCUAUUUGGAUCGAUGGAAAACUUAAGCUUGUUCGGGAUCCUUAUCAAGUUCUUGAAAGGUUCUUGUGGCGUGAGAAUGCCACCUUUGCCAUCUCUAGGCAUUAUAAAAGAUUUGAUGUGUUUGUAGAAGCUGAGGCAAACAAAGCUGGUGGGAAAUAUGACAAUGCAUCUAUUGAUUACCAGAUUGACUUCUAUCGCAAUGAUGGUUUGACUCCAUAUUCAGAGGCGAAGCUUCCAAUUACUAGUGAUGUCCCUGAAGGUUGUGUGAUCAUUCGAGAACAUAUUCCAAUUACAAACUUAUUUACCUGUCUAUGGUUCAACGAAGUUGAUCGUUUCACUUCUAGGGACCAGCUAAGUUUUUCCACAGUCCGAGACAAAAUAAUGUCGAAAGUUAGCUGGAGUAUCAAUAUGUUUCUUGAUUGUGAAAGACGGAACUUUGUUGUUCAGGCAUACCAUAGAGAGUUGUUGGAGCAUAUGCCACCUCCUCGACCUCUUCGACCUCCUCGGAUCAUAGUUCAUCAACAGCCUUCUAUACGUGCAGUUCCAACAUUACAUAGAGAAGUGGGAAGGAGACUUCCAUCCAGGCGUGGAAGAGACAGAAGAUCAGGUUCCAGGCGUCGACGUAAAGUUGUUGCUAGUAGCAGGGACACCAAUAUUUCCUAAGGGGUUGUUCUCUCUUUCUCUUUCUCAGUCACUUCCCUUCCUUUUUAAGCUCGCUUUUGGUAUAAACCGGAUGACAGUGAAAAUUAUUUGCGACUUUGUGAACAUUACAGCAAGACUCAUUAACAGUACAGGAACCCAGACUGAUUAGCAGUACAGUGACGUUGCUUGUAGGACAGUUAGAGAAAGAAGAAAAUGUUCAAGGGAGAACCUUUUUUUGUUGCUGCAUGGAUUUAUAACUAUUGAAUUUAAUCUUUUUGCCAUUCUUUGUAAAUACCUUCUUAUGAAAUUAUUUCAUACAAAGUAAUUCUAUUGA